AUGCCCGGCGCGCGCUCGAGACCGCGGGUGGUGGAUCAGAGACGGAAGAUUCUGCAGCGGACGAAAUCGUUGCUGCGACAUCUUGGUUUGGGACACAUGCGAAAUAUGGGGGCGGAUUUGCCGUACAGGCGAAGGGUGGAAUUCAUGUUGGUGACGAUAUUCGGAGAGACGUUCGAUAAGGAGAGUUACUGGUACGGUCGGCCGAAUCCGGACAUGUUCUUCGCGGCGCUGAUGAACAUGGCGGGAGCGCGAGAGCGGGUGACCCCGGUCGAUGGGUCGCAGAUAUUUAAGCUGAAGCAAGGGACGACGUCGUACGAGGUGAAUCGGCCAAAGUUGAAGGCGCUGGGGGUGCAGGAACGGACGCUCCGGGAGAUGUUCGCGCGAACGCCGGCGGCGGACGAGCGGUACCAGGUACAACCGGUGGCGUGUUUGGUGGUUCCCCCGCCCGACGUCACGGAUGCGCUCGAUUACGAGCCGUAUCCGGAGGAACUUGACGAGGAAGAGGUUGAGGAGGAUGCGGCAAACCUCGACGACAUGGCUUCCAUGGUGCUCACGUCUCUUUCCGGAGGCGUCACCGCGUACGUCAAGGAGGAAUCCAUGGCAGAAAAUGGAUCGAUGAGUGCGAAGAAGAGAGCGUCUGGGAAACGUCCCGCGAAGCGUUUGCGCACAGAGACGGCGGGGAAGGAGAACGCGUCUUUGGACAAAUCUUCCGAGGCAAAACUUCAGAGAAACAAGGGCAAGGAGCUGUUAGAGGACAACGAGGAUGAGAUGGACGAUGCGGAGCCCGCAGAGGCGCUCGAGGACGAUGGAGGCGACGUGCACACGGCGGCCAUGCAAGAUAACAUGCGACGCUGCAUGCGGCUCGUACCUCGGGACAAAUCGUAUGCACCUCAGCCGAUAGCAAACUUCGAUUUUGGAUGGGAUCCUGAGAUGAAAGAAAAGCAAAUCACCGAUGAAUUUCUUUCAGAACACUACGAGCUCGAUUUUGUGCAAGCGGAGAGCACCAAUGGACUCGCCUGCGCAGGCGAGGAAAUCCCGUGGGAUCCCGAGAUGGCCAAUUUCGUGAUUAGAGCCUUCGCACCGGUUAAUUACGACCGCGCGAUGGAGCUCGUUGCGUUCGACGCCUCGAUUGCACAACUGCGUGGAGAUCUAGUUGGAUGGCUUGGCGACAGUGCCCAUGCGGGCGCGGCUUUAGAGCAGCUGGAAAAGCUGCGGCAAAUUGCGACUGUCGGAAUCGAAGCCCGAACUCGAUAA